GUUUUUAUACCACUCACACACACUUUCACUCAUCAGCCUUCUCAGAGCUGUGAUCCUGACAUUAACAGCCAGUCGAGUGUGACUAAAAUAAGUCAUGGAGGAACCGCUGCGAGUCAACCUGACCUACGUCACUGAACGCAUCAUCACGUUGUUCUGCCCUCCUUACUGUGCAGAGGACACGUACCUGAGGAGCCUGCAGGAGAUCAUUCUCAUGCUGCAGUCCAAGCACGGACACAACUACAUGCUCAUUAACGUAUCACAGAAGAAUAACAGCCUCACACAGAUGAACCAUAAGGUUCUGGACACAGAUUGGGUGGAUCACUUGGCUCCCAGCUUGGAUCAGAUUUUCAGUGUGUGUAGGACGAUGGAGAACUGGCUGCAGGCGAACGUGAAGCAUUUGCUGGUUAUACACUGCAGGGGAGGUAAAGGACGGCUCGGAGUCCUGAUCGCCUCUUACAUGCACUUCGUGAACACGUCAGCCAGUGCAGACCUUUAUCUCGACCACUUCGCCAUGAGGAGGUUCUACAACGACAAGCUGUCCGGCCUGAUGACCCCCUCGCAGAAACGCUACGUGUGGAUGCUGGCGAGGGUUUUGAAAGGAGGACUGAGGGUGUGUCCGUCUUCGUCUUUCCUCCUCUGCGUUGCUCUGUACUCUCUUCCCAAGAUAAGAGCAGAUGGAGGGUGUUGUCUCUUUCUGAGGGUCUACCAGAGGCUCCAGCCUGUGUGCACAUCAGCAGUUUACCAUGUUCCUGCAGGACAGACGGACCGACUCUACUUUAUACUGCAGCCGGCUCAGCUGCUCACAGGAGACAUCAUGGUGGUGUGUUAUGAUAAAAACAGCAGGUCAGACCGACGUCAGGUCCUCUUCCGUCUCCAGUUUCACACCGGCCUCGUGCACCAACACACGCUCACUUUCCUGAAGGCCGACCUGGACUGUGCCAGUGAAGAUUCUCGGUUCCCAGACGAUGGAAAAGUGGAGUUGUUUCUUUCUGAGAGUCCUGAAAAGAUUAGAGGCAGAGAGCUGUGGCACAACAGCGACUCUGUGACCGUUGACUACGACACCUUGGACCCAUUGGUCAGACAAGACUCGUUCAGAGAAACGUCUCCCUCUCAAACAGCUCCACCCCAUGUUCUCGAUGGCGGCUUGUACGCCGGCGUGAGGAAGAAGAGCGGUGAGGAAGGAGUUUCCUUCCCACUGACCAGCAGCAGUCCCAGCUGCAGCGACCGAGCUCCGUCCGCCAGCAGUGAUUCAGGCCUGUCGGUCACCUCGCAGGGGAGGACCAGAGCCGGGCAGAGGAGAGGACCAGUGCAGGACAAGAGCCCCCAGGCAGUGAGGCUGCUCUCUGGGGUUGACUUUGAGAUUGUUCAGCCUCUUCUGGAGGUCAUGGCUGAGCUCGCUGCGUGCGGUGGAGGGGGAGUAGAGGUGGCUCGAGAUGAGUUUGGACUGGGACAAACUAUCAACGGAGAGGCUUCAUCCAGCGAGAGGGAGACUGACAUACUGGACGAUGAGGACGAAGCAGAUGCAGCAGCUGCUUCUGCUUUAGACAAGCCGAGCUCAAGUGGUAUCUGCUCAUUGUACUCAACACGUUCCUGGGUACGGCAGCAGCAGAUGGCAGAUGUUGUUGGUGAUAAUGACCAUGACAUGGGUGCGGAGAGGAGGUUGAGUCGAGAGAGAACAGAGAUGCCGCCGCCUCUGGUGGCUCCCAACACACCGCCUCGAGGAAUCAGCUGCAGCCAGGCUGUGCAGAGAGGACCGCUGGUCGAGGAGCGGGCGCACCACGUCACACAAAACACUGCACAAAGUUCAUCUCACCACGAGGAUGAUUUGGCAACGCUGACCACAGACGUCGACGAGUCCAUAGAGCAGCUGAACCAGCUGAUUCUUGAUUUGGAUCCAACUUUUGUUCCUGUUCCAAACAGCUGUGCCCCCCUGUCCCGCUCUGCCUCCCUGUACACCAACGGCCUCAGCCACAAGGGAAACACACAUCUGUCAGGGUGGAAGCAGCAGCAGCAGGUCAGCGACGUGACGGACUACGCUAGUCUACGUAGUCCAGGAUGGACAGAGGGCGGGCCUCAGACCUGCAGGGGCUCCCCCGCCUACAGUCCCUCUUUCUCACCUCCUAAGAUUCUCCACAAAGCCAACAGCACAAACUACCCGGGACACGCCAAUAGCCCGGUC